AUGUCGUCGCCUCAGCAACGUCUCGCCCAAGUCUCGGGAGCCAUCUCGGGAUCGUACCCUCGGGGUCUCUUGAAGGAUGAGGUGGUCAUCAUCACCGGUGUAAGUAGUCCUCGUGCACCACAAGAUCUGGAUGACGGUAUUGUAGUCUACGAUAUUCGUUGUCUCUCCGCGGCGCGGCAGAGCGAUCACCGCUCGUCUACAACUGAAGUGCCGCGGCUCCACUCGGCACACAGCCCACAAGCGAGCCCUUCCCUCGAGGCACCAUCGCUGACAGCUUGCGUUUUCUCCCUCCAGGCCGCCCAAGGUAUCGGAAAAGCAUGCGCCUUGACUUUUGCUCGUGAAGGUGCCAAGGUUGUCGUUUCGGAUCUUGACGAGAGUCGGUCCACAGCCCACAUCUCCGCGGCAACGACCGCUCCGCUGAAAAAAGCGACUGAUCAUCAUCCCAUCACACCCUCUACAGAGAAGGCACAGACCGUUGUUGACGAAAUCAAGGCGUCUGGUGGAGAUGCGAUCGCCGUUGGGGGUGAUGUCACUGCCGAUGACUCUCCCAAAAGGCUCAUCAAGGCCACGAUCGAGUGAGUGCAGAGUCCUGUUCCACUCGGGAGAUAGGACACGAGACCGUGUACGAUGUACCUGACCUCUUGGACGACAACCCCUUCCCUCCUCAGUGCUUACGGCAAGAUCAACCACAUCGUCAACAACGCUGGCUUCACGUUCGACAAGAUGCUCCACACCAUGACCAACGACGCGUUUGAGCUGAUCCUCAAGGUGCACCUCUCGGCCCCCUUCCGCAUCGUCCGCGAGGCCGCCCCGUACUUGCGCACCAAGGACCCCAAGGUCAUUGCGACCAACCGAUCCAUCGUCAACAUCUCAUCGAUCGCCGGUCUCCACGGCAACGUCGGCCAGACCAACUACGCUACGGCCAAGUCCGGUAUUCUUGGCUUCACCAAGACCGUUGCCAAGGAGUGGGGUAUGUGAUUCCUCUAGCCUCCUCGAACAGCUCACUCGUUUGCUGACAAUCGCUCAUCUUGCAUAACCCCUCAGGUGCGUUUAACGUCCGCUGCAACGCCGUUGCCUUUGGCUACAUUCUCUCGCGCUUGACCCGUGAGUCUAAAGACUCGAUCUCAAGGCAGGACAUGGAGUGCUGAACAGGGCUCGUUCCGCCACUUCUUUGCUGCAGAGGCCAAGGAACUCGGCGAGACGAUCGAAGUCGCCGGACAAAAGAUUGCCCUCGGUAUCCCGACCGGCGGCAAGAAGCAAGAAGGGCCGGUUCCGGGGUGCGUCUGAAUGAAGUCGAUUUCCUAAAGAGAAUUCGGCCCCUGACGACCUCCCUCCCUCCUCCUUUCUCAGCAUCCCUCUCGGUCGACCCGGAACGGCCCAAGAGGCAGCGAACGGUGUCCUUUUCCUCGUCUCCCCCUUGGCCUCGUACGUCACAGGCCACACACUCGAGGUGAGUGUCCGAGUCCCCGACCACUCUCGUUCCAGUUCGUUCCACCCGUGCGCGGAACUGAUGAUGUGGCGGUUUGAUGGCUUGUGUUCCAGGUCACCGCCGGUAACGGUAUCUAG